AUGCGAUCCCUUUAUUGCUGCUGGUCGUCCUGCUGUCUGCUCCUCCUUUUCUCCUUGGGAGUCCACGAGGCCCUAGGGGCUCCCAGCGCUGCCCCAGAGCAUGUCCACCUGUCCUACCCAGGAGACUUUGCCUACAACAUGGAUCAGGACAAUGCCCGCGUUGGGGACAAGUUCAUGCAGCUCAUUGAACCUGUGGCUGCCAGCCUGCCAUACAUGACAUGCCCUGGGAAUCAUGAAGAACGCUACAACUUCUCUAACUACAAGGCUCGCUUCAGCAUGCCGGGGGACAAUGAAGGCCUGUGGUACAGCUGGGAUCUGGGUCCGGCCCACAUCAUCUCCUUCUCCACAGAGGUAUAUUUCUUCCUCCAUUACGGCCGCCACCUGGUACAGAGACAGUUUCGCUGGCUGGAGAGUGACCUCCAGAAAGCCAAUAAGAAUCGGGCAGCGCGGCCCUGGAUCAUUACCAUGGGUCACCGGCCCAUGUACUGCUCCAAUGCUGACUUGGAUGACUGUACGAGGCACGAAAGCAAGGUCCGCAAAGGCCUCCACGGCAAGUUGUAUGGGUUGGAGGAUCUUUUCUACAAAUAUGGAGUGGACCUGCAGCUGUGGGCUCAUGAGCACUCGUACGAACGGCUGUGGCCAAUUUACAACUACCAGGUAUUUAAUGGCAGCCAAGAGAUGCCCUACACCAACCCUCGAGGCCCUGUUCAUAUCAUCACAGGAUCUGCUGGCUGUGAGGAGCGGCUGACCCCCUUUGCUGUCUUCCCACGGCCCUGGAGCGCUGUGCGUGUGAAGGAGUACGGGUACACGCGGCUACACGUCCUCAAUGGGACCCACGUCCACAUCCAGCAGGUGUCUGAUGACCAGGAUGGGAAGAUUGUGGAUGACGUCUGGGUGGUGAGACCCCUGAUCGGACGGAUGAUGUACCUCUAGUGAUGGGGGCAGCUCGCAUCUGGAACCCUAGGCUUUGCUUCCUUGGCUGGUGUGAUCACACUGCCCAGGUCUAGGUAGGGAGUCAGGGCAGGCCCUGAUUCCCCUGCCCUCCGGAGGCCCCAUGUGGAGUGGACACAGCCCUGCGGGAGCUGGGGCAGCUCUCCCUCCUGGAGAGGUGGGAGUCCUAGCUGGCCAUGGAGGGAGGGCAAGUGUACAGGCACAGAGGGAAGCAGGGCAGACCUCAGCCAGUACUGCCCCGGCCUCCUGCAUAGCACUGACUGCGUGGGGGGCCCUCAGGGCCUCGGGAAUAAAGAGACUUUUUCA